GGACGUUCUAAGAAUAGCACGAGGCCCAUGUGCGGCGGCUUCCAAGGUCGAUUCAACAGACGCCAGCCCAAGGAGACUUGUGAGGGGCAGCGGACCGACCAACAAUGCAGAGUUCAUCGACUUGUUCGCACCGCUGGAAUUGACUUCACUUCUCUCCCACAAGUGCGGCUCUGCGGCUGGGCCACUUGUUUUCGCAUCGCCAGACGGAUACGGUCUGGGACCUUUUCCAAUUUGCCCUUCAAUCUAAUCCGCUUGGCCCCCACCCGUACUUAACGACGCCUCACCUGGGGAAACGCGCUUCCACAUUCCUUCUGUACACUAUCUCCGCAUAUCAUGUCGUCGCCCGCCACAUUCCCGCCGUUCGCGCCCGUCGACACGUCCAGCGCGGGCACCCUUCUGCCUGUGAAAGACGAGGUGGAAUCGCCCAGCAUAUCCAGCACGAAUGCCCUCGCACGGUUCGAGUUCGAGGCGGGACAUGGCCGCGAGGGCACCAAGAUUCUCAUGGUGGAGUGGGAGGACGACGACUCGACGAGAGGCGAGCGGGGGGACUGGCACAUUUCGUGGGAGGGCAAGACGACGGUGCUACCGGCCAAGGACCAGCCCACCAACGACGUGAACCGCAUGUACUUUCUGCUGUCGCCAGGAGUGUCGGUACCGUCGAUUGUCACGCUCACACAUCGCCCCGAGGACAGCUCAAAGGCGCCCGUGAUAUGGCAUACGAAUCCGCUCCCGGCCAUCUUCCCGCCGGAAUUGGGGGCGUCGGCACGGGCGGCGGGGAAGAAGGGGGUUUUACACACAAUCUGGGCGAAGAAGAGGUUACAGGUGUUGCAGAAGGAGAUUGAGGCCGAGUCCAAGACAAACGUCGAGGGUGUCGGCUAUGUCAUGGCCGUGCAAGAGAAGGAAUGGAUUGAGCAGACCUUCGGCGUAACCGCCAAACCCAUGGGCCUGAACAUCGUCGCAGAACCCACCGUCGCGCCCCUCGGACCCGCAAGCCCUCGUUCCCCCGGCGGAGGACGCCUGAUGGAGAAGCUGCGAGGCUUGAAGCUAGGAACCAGCGAGAAGGACCUCACAGCCAGAACGCCUGAACCGGGCGAACAACCGCAAUCGAACCCCUUAUCGCCUGAAUCCUCAGACGUGGCCGUCUCCUCCUUCGCCGCCUUCAAAGGCGAGAAUCCCGCCUCCCUGGCUGCAAAACCGCCGCAGCAGCCCUCAACCCGCAAAGUCGCAGCAGUGGUCCCGCCGCCCCAGGUCGUCGCACAGCAGCAACACCCCGGCAUGGCGUCGCUGAAUGCAUUCGCCGCACCAACCCCCAGCUUCGAACCGCGCGGCCCGUCGUUACCGGACGACGAUGUGGAUGACGGAUUAUUCGCGCUACCCAUCAGUCCGCGCAGCCCGGAGAUGACGAAGAGCCCGUUCUCCUUUGCUGGGAAUGACACGACCAAGUAUCUCAAGGGGGAGAAGGCUGCGUAGUAAAAAGGGGAAGGAGAAAAGAGACAUGAUUAUGAUGAUGAGGAGUCAUGGAUUGUAUUGGGACGAUUUUCGCAAGGCCGAUGUUUUUGUUUGCCAUCGCUUCUGAUGAUACCUAGAGUACGGCGUAGAGAUAGUGAUGCUGGUUGUCGCAAGCUUCUUCAGCACACAAUUGAUGAUUUUGGGUGAAAAGUAGACCCGCUGAUAAGAAAUAAAUAAAACUUCUAUGGCUUCAGCUUCGAUCUUAUCAAAUGAUGCGGAUCAACAAACUAC